CAUCACACAGGUCAUCACUAGAGUAACCAACAUUAUAUACUAUCAGUGUCCUCUUAUGAGCGGCGGCCAUUUUCCUGUAGUCUCUAAUACGUGAUAGGUUGUCAGAGCCUCAAGGAGUGACACAACAGAGGGGGCGGAAUUAGGGAGUCAGCCACCAUUUUGGAGAUCUUCAUUACUACAAGAGAUAAUUACGUGGUGCGGAUCCAGAGACCUUAAGGAUGGACAUGGACCGGAGUCAUACAAAUGAGAGGAUAUUACAUCUCACCCUGGAGAUCGUCCAUCUGCUGACUGGGGAGGAUUACACAGUAGUGAAGAAGACAUUCCUUGACCAUCUGACAACCAUCAGCUGUGCCUCCAUCACGGUGCCUCCACCUCCGUCACAGAUACUUGAGAGGCACGAUGACCAGAAGAUCCUGGAACUCACCAACAAGAUCAUUGAGUUGCCAUCUGGAGAGGAGGGGGAGUAUAUAGAGGAACACAGGGGUCUGUACAAGGACGUGAUGAUGGAGAAUCACCGGCCCCUCACAUCACUGGAUGGACCCAGUAACAGAGAUACCCCAGAGAGAUGUCCGCGUCCUCUGUAUUCCCAGGAUUGUACAGAGGAGAAUCACAGGAUCCCACAGAAGGAUCAGGAUGAAUUUCUGACUGAUAAUAAUGCAGAAUAUAUAGUGGGAGAAGAAGAGACGUAUUUUACUGAUAAUAUGGCAAAACAUACAGAAGAAGAAGAAGAGACGUAUGUGACUGAUAUGAAGGAAGAAUUUAUAGAGGUAGAAGAAAAGACGUAUUUUACUGAUAAUAUGGCAAAACAUACAGAAGAAGAAGGAGAAGAAGAAGAGACGUAUGUGAUGGGUGAUCAGCAGUGUAAGGAGGAGCAAAUACCUACAGCCAUCAGCACAGCAGAUGGACAGAGGGGCAGGAAUACCUCGGAGGGACAUCUAACUUUGUUUCCAGAUUUUAAAUUAGAAGAGAAGAACAUCACACGAGAUUCUGCAGGAGAAAAUCUUAUUACCCCAAUUAUACAUCCAGUACCUCACAGUGCAGAUAUAUCAUCUGAUCCCUCUAACCAUGAGGAGUGUCCCAUUAAUUCAGAUGUUGGUACACAUAGUGCAGCUCCUACAGAUGCUACAGUCUGUCCCUCUUCUGAAUUUGUUAAAUCCUGUAAUAAUCAGUCAGUUUUUGUUAGACAGGAGAAUCACACAAGUAAGAAACAAUUUUCAUGCUCUGAGUGUGGGAAAUGUUUCAAAUAUAGAGCAAAUUUUGUUGAACAUCAGAGAAGUCACGCAAGUGAGAAGCCAUUUCCAUGCUCAGAAUGUGGGAAAUGUUUUACAAAGAAAUCAUCUCUUAUUAUGCAUCACAGACUUCACACAGGUGAGAAGCCAUUUCCAUGCUCUGAGUGUGGGAAAUAUUUCAAAUAUAGAGCAAAUUUUGUUGAACAUCAGAGAAGUCACACAGGUGAGAAGCCAUUUCCAUGCUCAGAAUGUGGGAAAUGUUUUACAAAGAAAUCAUCUCUUAUUAUGCAUCACAGACUUCACACAGGUGAGAAGCCAUUUCUAUGCUCUGAGUGUGGGAAAUGUUUCACACAGAAAUCAGCCCUUGUUGUACAUCAGAAAAGUCACACAGGUGAGAAGCUGUUUCCAUGUUCUGAGUGUGGGAAAUGUCUUGCACACAAAUCAACUCUUCUUGCACAUCUGAGAAUUCAUACAGGUGAGAAGCCAUUUUCAUGCCCUACAUGCGGGAAAUGUUUUACAAAGAAAUGCAAAAUUGUUGAGCAUCAGAAAUGUCACACAGGUGAGAAGCCAUUUCAAUGCUCUGAGUGUGGGAAAUGUUAUAUGCGAAAAUCCGCUCUUGUUGUACAUCAGAAAAGUCACAGGUGAGAAGCCAUUUUCAUGUUCCAAGUGUGGGAAAUGUUUUACACGUAAGUCAAGUCUUGUUACACAUCUGAAAAAUCACACAGAUAAGAAACCAUUUCCAUGCUCUGAGUGUGGGAAAUGUUAUAUGCGAAAAUCAGCUCUUGUUGUACAUCAGAAAAGUCACACAAGAUGAAAACCAUAUCGGUGAUCUGACUGACAUGAAAGAGUUUUGCAGCAAUCUACCUAUUGUAAAAAUCAUUGAUAGUAAUAUGUACAGUUCCGUUAAAGAGUGAAUUCUCAAAUGUAUAUUAACAUUACGUAACAGUUUUGGAGGGCAAUUCAAAACUUGAGUCUUUGCCAUCCACAAAGUGGAAUGUUCGUCAUCGACAUAAGACUGGAACACAACGCACAUGUAUGGAUCUUAUUGCAGUCUCUUAGAUGUUGGUGUCUGCUAUAUAUUUUCACCACAUUUUGGCCAAAGCCAAGGAAUUGAUUUGUGUUAACUGUGAUAUUAUUUCCAUCCAAAAGUUGCGACAGGUAUACAGCCAGCUCCAAUUGAGGAGCCUGUCGUUUUCUCCGGCUGAAUGAUGUGAUAACAAACUCUUUCAUCCCUGUGGGAGGCUGGACACAAUAGGUAUUGUGCGUGGUGUUAGGAGCCUGGACAUUUUAAAACUGAAGCCAACUCAAGCUCCUCCUCAUACACACAACGUUUCCUACCAACAUCAGUUUUUCUUAGUGCUGGUGUUCCAGGAUGCGCUCCAUCUAGUUUUGAGUUUGGCAGAUUUUAUGUUUUUUUGUUUUCUCUUUGGCUGAUAGAGAGGUAGGUGGGUGAGUUCUUUCUUCUUCUCUACUACCUCCAGGGGCAGGGGGCCUUUAUCUUGUCUCAAACAUACCUUUCAUGCCCAGAAAAUAGGAAGAGAGUGUGUUGGAUCUGAUACAACACCACCCCCGUCCAGUGUGCCGUAGUUGAGGCAUGCCAGAUUGGUCGGACAGCCAACCAGGCCCCGGAUCAACACACAGACAUUAGGCAUACUGAGAAGAAGGACCAUCGGGAAAAGCCCUUGGUGGAAGCUCAUAGGUUAUGCUUCAGGGUCAAAUAGUUUGAUUUCACUUCAGAAGCUUGGGUAAGAGACUUAUGCAUGGGUUUAUUUUUUUAGAUCUUAUUCUAGAUCUACCAGUGUUUGGCUUUACAAGAGGUUAUUCAAAAGUCCAGAUACCUGCCAGCAGAGAGGUGGGAGGUUUUAUUCAAACUUUUUCCUCGUUCAGUAGCCAGACGAGUAAUUUUGGUAACUGCACUCGAGAGUCUUUACUAAGGUUUGAGAACAGUAGUUUCUCCAGAGAUUCUGUUAGAUCAUGUCAUAGUAACAGAACAAGAAUUCAUUUCCCAUGGUUGGGUAAUAUAUUGUUUAAAAUCAAAUAUAGUUUUAUCUCAAAAUAAGCUUUUCUUGGGCAGUGUGACUGAUACCAGAUUCAGGAGGGGUUUUCUUUCUGGGAAACAAGAUUCCAUUCUUACAAAAAUGGCUCUUGAAAAAGAAGGCAUGAAAGCAUUGGGCGAAAUGGUCUCCACCUAUGAGGCAAAUCCGUUCACCUAAUUUCACUCUUACAAGUUCCAGAUAAAGAUUUUAUGGAAAUGCUACAGGUCCCUAUCCUCAUCUGUAAUCUCAUCUCACCAUUGAGUUCACUGUUGUAGACAGGUUAUUCUUUUAUGAUGUCAGAACAAUAGACCUUAAUCUAUGAAGUUGAGGGACAGCACAGGUUUCAGGGCAAGUGGAUGCUGGAGGAGCCUUCAUUCCACAUCAGUGUUCUGAAACUUUGAGCUGCUUUCAGUGCCCAAAGAUCUCUUUACAUAGACCUUUUCUUAGCUGAAGUCUGCAUACAGGGUCAGGCAGUCUAAGUCUAUUUAGACCAAGGGUGGCCAACCAGUUAGAGCCAAAGAGACAAAAAAUCCAGUUAGGUACAUCAAAGAGCCGUCAUCAAGCCAAAGGUACACACGCAAAAAAGGGGUGUGGCCUUGUGCCUGCUAGACCAUGCCCCGGUAUAAAAUACAUUGAAAAGGCCACUUCCACAUAAAAUUAUUGAAAAAGCCAGAUUCACAUAAUAUAUUUCAGCUCCCCUAUGUGUCACUCCAGCCAGCACCCUGCUGCAUCACUCCAGCCAGCUCCCACAUAUGUCACUCCUGCCAGUUCCUCGUGAGUCACUCCUACCAUCACCCUGCUGCAUCACUCCAGCCAUCCCUCCCAUGUGUCACUCCUCGUAGCACCCUUCUGUGUUACUUCAGCCAGCUCUCCCAUGUGUCACUACUUCCAGCACCCUACUGUGUCACUCCAGCCAGUUACUACGUGUGUCACUUUUGCCACCACUCUCCUAUGUCACCCCUGCCAGCUCCUUCGUGUCACUCCAGCCAGCUCCCCCUUGUAUCACACCAGCCCCUACAACUCGUGACAUUGCAGCAGCCUCUUAUGUGUCCUCAGUUUGCCUAUAUUAUCCGGCUCCCUCAAUUCUCAGUGCCCGUAGUGCUGCUGUGUGGCUGGAGUGCAGCAGUUUCCGGAUAUAUUGUGGUCAUGUGAUUUUGAGUGUUGGGGAGCCACAUUUGAAUAAAGAAAGCCUCAUGGGGCUCAAGAGCCACUGGUUGGCCACCACUGAUUUAGACCGUGCUAUUGCAGUAGCAUUUUUGAACCAUCAGAGGGAUACCAAGAUUACCCAGACCAUGGAGACAUAAAGGACCUUCCUUUGGGUGGAGAAGAAUGUGUGGACUCUCACCGCUUUGCAUUUUCCCAGUGUGAGCACUAGGAUGCUGACGAUUUCUGCAGACAACCUACAAUUGGGGGAAUGGUCACUUCAUCCAGAUGUUUUCCAACAGAUAGUGGACAAAUGGGUUCAAACAGAUAUUGAUAUGAUUGUCCAGAAUGAACUUCAAAGAAAUACAUUACUGUGCCAAGACGAGAUCUGGAGUCAAAAUUUGUUGACAUACCGAUGGUCUUUUGGAUUUAUCCCCUCAUUUAUCAUGCUGCAGAAGGUCCUGGAAAAGGUAAAGAGCAUGACAUACUUGUUGCUCUAGAAUAGAUUUACCAAUUGGUUACUGAAAUACAAAAUCAUUUCAGAUAAUGUGAAAAAGACCACAAUGAAUGCUAGGUGUCCUGCAUCAGCCAAAUGUACUGUAGGUUCCCAUUUUAACCUUUAAGUUAGCACAACUUUACAGGAGGUUCUUGUUACAGGGUAAAAGUGGGGGUCUCUGAAAGUUCAGAUUUCAGCCAUGUCAGUGGGUUUUUUUUUCUAUUUGUUUUUUUUAGCAGAAAAAGUAUUUCGCACUUUUCAAGGCCAGUUCUGAAUGUCUGUUUAAAGCCAUUUUUUAAAGCUAUCCCUCCAAGGAAAAUGUUGGGCUGCACUUGUUAUAGACAAUGCUAUUUUUACUGG